AUGAUUAACCCAGACAUAGAAAGGAGGGCAAGUGUGGGGCGAAGAAAUAGUUUACUGCUGAAUUCGACUCCAGAUAGUAAUCAAGUCACUGCUUUAAACGGUCAUGUUUCAUCACCAUCCACCCCAAACUUCCUUUUCGGCGCUCAAAACAAAAGACGAAGUUUGGCUUUACCUUCUGGACAUAAUUAUGCAGGUGUCGUGAAGUUCAGCUUGGGGUCUUCUUUACGAAAUCAGAGGGACGAAGGAAUGAAUUUUGCAUCGCCUUUGCCUUCGUAUAUCACUCCCCUGGAAACUUCAAGCAAAACUGUACACUGGUCACCUGCUUUAGUAUCAUCGGAGAAAUCACCGUCGAAGACGCGUGAUUUAGUGUCUAGCGAAGCGCCCGCAAAACUAGGUCCGCCUCUGCGGUCAAUACGAGAAGAACUUGAUCAAAUGAGAACCGCGCCUGUAAAUUCAGCCCUUGUGGAACCAAUGGAUAGUACAUCCGCCAUGGACACUUCGCCUGCUGAAGAAGAUGAAUCAGCGAAUUGGGUCAUGGUAUACGGUUUUGCGCCGGGCGAUGCUGCAGAGGUGCUGAAGAUUUUCUCGAGGCAUGGGACAGUUGUUGCAAAAAAGUUCCCUGAGGAGGGCAAUUGGGUUUAUUUACGAUAUGCUUGCCCAAUUCACGCGCAGCAAGCCCUAUCGCGUAACGCUCACGUUUUUAACGGUCGGAUGCGCCUAGGUGUACUCCCAGUUCGGACUGAGGAAAUUGCUGCUUUUACAAACUGUUCCUCACGUGAUGUCUCUCUGCGUACGGAUCGUGAGAACUUGAAUGUUUCUAGGGCCAGGGCGUUACACACAUCAUUGUUAGCUGCUUCGUCACCACUUGGGUCUAGCAACCGCGGUUCUCCUUUGGAUGUUUCAUAUCGACCAUCGCGGUUGUCCAAUGCCAGCAGAGCUGGGAUACGAUCUUUAAAUGCAUCUUAUAACGUUGCUGAUAAUGAGUACCGAGUUGAUAGUGUUCAGCAACCAGUAAAAAAUGUUGGAUUGAUGAGUAAAUUAUGGGGCUAUAUAUCUUGA